AGACUCUUACCUCCACUAAGUUUCUUCCCAACUCUCUACUUCCACUGCCAACACCUGCAGGGAUCCAUGGCAGGCUGCAGACACUAAAUGGACAUCACCCAACAAGUACAAGCGACAUCAAGUAGUCCAUCAACGUCGCAUCCAGAAGAGCUUACCACAUCCGAAUCCAAGACUUUGCGAUCCAGUGCGAGGGUGAAGGCCAAGCAGAAGGAGAAAGAUACACCCACACAAGCUUCACCUUCGUCCUCUACCCCAAAGCGACCCCGUGCAAAUAGCAAGGGUAAGGGCAAAGAGGUUGCUGAGGAGUCGAGCAGAGCGAGCAAGAGAGCACGCCGUGUCACCUACCCCGUAUCUACUGGGCUUACUAUUCAGGAGCCCGUGAAAGACGUGAAAGGCAAGAAACGUGCACCACCCGAAGGUAUUUCAGACGAAGACGAAACAACGACAGCGACAGCUUCAAUCUCAUCCUCUACCAAACGUACUAGAACAUAUUCCCUUCGAUCCCGUACAGAACCUCAAGCCGAUAUGCCGAAAAAGUCAAGGCCCGCUUCAGGCAAGGGCAAGGCAGCAGUUAAGGCCAAGGCCAUAUCACUUGCUGCUUCGUCCUCGAGACACGAAGACGAGGACAUUGAAAUGCUUGACGCUGAAUGCGCGCACGAGGCGACAGAUGAUAGGCACCCUGAUGAAAAACACGAUCACGACGAGGAGAUGGAGGGCGAUGGACACGAAAACGAUAGUCCUGAGCACGAAGAAGACGAAGACCACGAUGAUGAAGAUGAAGACGGUGACCAGGCAGAGCAGGAUCAAGGUGGCAUACACCACGACGACUCGACACCUAUGGGGAUCUUUGGCGAUUUCCGCCAGUUGGGCUCAUAUAUGUUGGGGUUAUCCGGUCGACUCAAGACGAUGCUGAACAAUAUAAAACGAACAGCCGACCCUACCACUCGUCUCUUGACACUCCAAGAGCUGAGCGAGCUCCUAAGUAUCAGUACGGAGGACACUCUGGCUGGUUCUUUUCAAGUAGAGUCAUUUGUUCGCGAACUCGUCAGAAUUCUCGGUGGAACUGGCAACGAUUCGGAUGAAGGCGAUGAAGAUGAAGAGGAGCGCGAGACUGACGAAGACGCAGCGCUUGCUGCCGCGUUGGCUCUUAGUACUGGUGGUGCCUAUCACGGAGACGAGAAUCUGGAAGCCCAAGUGUUGGCUUGCAGAUGUCUUGCUAACUUGAUGGAGGCACUACCUGGUGUAGCUCACACCGUCGUGUAUCACGGUGCGAUUCCCGUAUUGUGUAGUAAACUGAUCGAGAUAUCCUACAUCGACUUGGCUGAGCAGACCUUGAGUACCCUGGAGAAGAUAUCUGAAGAAUUCCCCAGUGCGAUCGUUCGUGAGGGCGGCCUUGCUGCCUUGCUCAAUUACCUCGAUUUCUUUUCGAUUGCUGUGCAACGGACCGCCUUACAAGCGGCUUCAAACUGUUGUCGCAAUGUUUCUGUUGAACACUUCUCCAUGAUAUUCGGUGUUUGGCCAAUCAUCCGCAAUUGCCUUGGAUAUGCGGACCAACGUCUAGUGGAAUAUGCUUGCCUUUGUAUCAUUCGUGUUAUCGACGCUUACCAUCGUGCUUCUCCCGAGAAUUUAGAGAAGCUGGUCGAUGCCGACUUGAUCAAGGCCAUCAACCUUUUGUUACUUCCGUCAGGAGGUUCUUCGCUCAUUGCAGCUAGCACCUUCACUUUACUCCUUCGUGCUCUUGCUACUGCUGCUCGUGCUAGUCCUAAGAUUACCUUGGUUAUUCUUGAAGCGGGUAUCGUUGACACCUUGUACCAAAUCUUGACCGGUGUGUUGCCACCAGCGACAAAUGGUACUGAAGAACAGGGCGACUCUGGGGUCGGUCAGGGUUUGGGUGGAGGACUUGCGGACAUGACUGUCAUGGAGAAUCUUGCUCAUCGACCGAAGGACCAAAUCGAAGAAGCUCUCAGUCUGAUUUCAGAAUUGAUGCCUCCUAUUCCCAAAGACGGCAUAUUCGACCACAGAGGCUACACUGAGAAGGCCUUCGCUAGGAUGAUAAAGGCGAAGGCGAAGGCAGAACGAGCAGCCGCUCGUCAAGCUGCUUUGGGAAUCCCCGCCGUUUUCCCGUCUUUGAAUGCUCCACUUCCCUCGACUAUCUCUGCUUCUGGCUCUCGCGCAGUCAGCCCGGGCCCUGACGUUGAAGCUGAUGUUCAACCAUCCGCCGAAGGCGAAGAUGCCCCUCCGGCCCCUGUGGUGCCAGAGUCACCUCCAGAUAGGACUGAGCUGCUUCGUUCAAAACCGGAAGUUGUUGGCCGCUUCAUGCAAUGCAUGGUCCCUAUUCUUGUCGACGUUUAUGCCGCGAGCGUGUCUACUCCUGUCAGAAUCAAGACUCUGACUGGUCUCUUGAAGGCCGUCAGUUUCUUGAGUGAUGACGAGAUAAAGCGAGUAUUCACGUUCGUUCCGGUGGCCAGCUUUGCUUCAUCGAUUAUUUCAUCGAAAGAUCAUCCAACUCUCGUCAUCGGUGCUUUACAGCUUGUCGAGAUGCUUUUGGAAAAGGUUCCCGCCGAAUACAAACCUGCGUUCCGUAGAGAAGGAGUCUUCCAUGAGAUCGAUACUCUCGCUGCUCGUCCUUUGAUAUCUUCCAAGUCGAAGGAAGCGGACAAAGACAAAGAUAAGGAUUCCUCGGAAACUUCGUCUGUUGCAGAGUCGAACACGCCUACCUACAUGCCCAUUUCCUCUUCCCUGGCUGCUACGAUGCCCGGCUACCGGAAGUUGACGUCACUGUCUAUCGACCCGGAGGAUGCUAUCACCAUGCGUUCACGAGUGAUCAAGUUCAAAUACCUCAGCGGCGAUGACAGUGGUUCAUCCGAUGAUCUCUUCGCCACCCUUAGUCGUCUGGUUUCUCGUAUUUCCGACCCGGAAACCUCUGAACAGGACCUCCUACCUGCUCUUGCUGAGUUGGCAAGUUUGUUUGCUUCUGCUGAUACGUCUGUAUCCAGCUUCGAGUUGCUCCAGAGUGGUGUGGUCGAUGGAUUAUUGCAAUUCCUCACGGAUUCAGAACGUAGUGUAUCCAUAACGCGACGCCAAGAGCUCUUUUUCGAAGCGUUCAAUGCGCGACGAAUCACGAAUGCUCAAGGCGGACACAGUCCUUUUGGUAUCUUCGUUAAGAAACUUCAAGAGAGUCUCACCCGCAUGGAGAACCUUGAUGUUGUCACCGUGUCGCAAAGCCCAGAUGACUCCAAGAGGAGCUCACCUUCGCUACUUGCUCGCCAGCUGCGUUUACGUCUGGUUGCAGCUGAGGAUUCUGAUAUCCCACGUAAUCUCAGCAACAUCAUUGUCUCUAUCCACGCAAUUGCUACCUUCCAAGCACUACACGAUUAUCUCCGACCAAGAGUAGCCGGUAUAAUGUCUGGCUCUUCCCGAUUGUCCAGUAUGCUCGCCGCCUUCUCCGGUCUUGCUCGUGGUGCAUCCUCGAGCUUGGAGCCUCCGCCAGUACCCAAACCGGCUGAGCCUCCAGCAGAAUCCAGCUCAUCUUCCGGGGCAGACCUUGGGCGUCGGCGGAGCCUCCGUCUCAGUGCAAAGGCAUCUGUACAGGCUAAUGCACCUGACGAGACAGGUGUGACGGACGCUGAUUCUGUUGCAGCUCCUACCUCCGAAGGCUCUGGUGCACUUGGUAGUGCGGAGCCAACACCAAGUGAAACCGUCGUGAAUGACGAUGAUCAUGAGUUCGAUGGCGAUUUUACUGAUGAUGAAGUAGAUGUCGACGCUGAGGUGAUUGAGGACGAGGGAGACUUAGAGAAUCACACUGUUGAUAAGACUGUGACGGUCUCUGUUGGCGAUGAUGGAUCCAAGGUCGUGGCCCAAACGCCACAAGGCACUCGUGUAACAACUCCCAAUCCUGCCAAGAUCAGCCCCUCUGCAGCUGCUGCACGGAGUUCGCUGGUACCGAAGGCUUCCUAUGCCACUGCGCUGAAGACAAAGCCGAGUGAUUGGCACCUGGAAUUCUUCAUGGACGACCAGAAGCUACCCUUGGAGUUGACCAUCUAUGGAGCGAUUCACCAACACGAGGCUCGCAAGAAGAAGGCUGGUAAUGCUACAGCCCCCAGCAUGAUUUGGCAGAAUGUGUAUACAGUCAAGUUCAAGAAGGUUCCUGGCCCGGCGAAAGCCCCAGAAAACGACCUUUCAGUACGGAGCCGUUCGCCAGGGCCUACAAUAUCCUUACUCGCGGAUGAUGCACCAUCAUCGAAGAUUUUGCGCCUCCUUCGCGUUCUGCAUAAGCUCAAUACUGCCGAGAAUGAACGACCGGUACCUCCUGUCAUUAAACGAGCACUCCCGGAAUCGGCGUUCGUCAACAACAAAUUGACGGCGAAACUCACAAGACAACUGGAGGAGCCUAUGAUCGUUGCAAGUUCGUGUUUGCCAGAUUGGGCCUUAGAUCUGCCCCAGCACUUCCCAUUCCUCUUCCCAUUCGCUACUCGAUAUAACUUCUUGCAGUCAACCUCCUUUGGCUAUGCUCGUCUCAUCUUGAAAUGGCAGAGUCAGCAGAGCCGCGGGCAAGACAGCUCAAGGCGUGAUGAUGGCGUAGGAUUCCUAGGACGUCUACAGCGACAGAAGGUCCGAAUCUCUCGAGAGCAUAUUCUAGAAUCUGCUGUCAAGGUCUUCGAGUUAUAUGGCUCUUCGUCAUCUAUCUUAGAGGUGGAGUAUUUCGAGGAAGUUGGAACCGGCUUGGGACCAACGCUCGAGUUCUACUCUCUCGUUUCUAAAGAGUUCGCUCGACGUGAUUUGAAGAUUUGGAGAGACUCGGAUCCCACGCUUUCUGGUCAAUACGUCCAUCACCCUUAUGGCUUGUUCCCGGCUCCCAUCAGCUCUAGCGAUAUAGUCAAUGACAAUGGACAGAAACGUACACACAUUUUCCGAAUCAUUGGCCAAUUCGUAGCCAAGGCCAUGCUUGAUUCUCGGAUCAUUGAUCUUUCCUUCAACAAGAUCUUUGUCAAGCUCAUGUUAGGCGAGACUAUAGCUCUGACCAUCGAUAAUCUCAAGCGCGUCGAUCCUGACCUUGCUGCGUCAUUGGUAAAACUCCGCAACCUCAGUGCGACGAAGGCACAGAAUGAUAAGCUUCGUCGCAAGCUUGGUAUGGUGGACAUCGAAGAGCUUGCGCUUGAUUUCACAAUACCUGGUUACGAUAUCGAACUCAAGCCCGGUGGACGUGAUAUUGCUGUUACUUCGGAGAACGUUGAAGAAUAUAUUCACGAGGUUAUCGAUGCCAUCAUCGGGCGCGGUGCUCAGCUGCAAGCGAAGGCGUUCCGGGAAGGGUUCUCCAAGGUCUUCCCAAUUGCAGACCUUCGGGCAUUCACACCUGACGAACUUGUUAUGCUCUUCGGCAAUCCUGAUGAGGAUUGGAGUCUUGAGACUUUGAAUGAAGCACUCAAGGCUGAUCAUGGCUUUAAUGUUGAGAGCCGUGCCAUCCACGACCUGUUGGAGAUCAUGUCGGAGUAUGACGGACAAACCCGUCGUAGCUACCUGCAGUUCAUCACUGGAAGCCCCAAGCUGCCCAUUGGUGGUUUCCGCGGCCUCAAUCCUCCUCUCACUGUUGUCAGAAAACCUCACGAACCUCCUUUGACCGCUGAUGACUAUCUUCCGAGCGUUAUGACAUGCGUGAACUACCUCAAGUUACCCGAGUACUCAUCGAAAGCUGUGAUGCGAGAGAAGUUGCGGGUCGCCAUGCACGAGGGUGUUGGAAGUUUCCACUUAUCAUGAUAUUGUUUCUGAAUUUCUUGUGCUACUAUCACUGUUUUACUAGACAAUUGUGCAUUCUCUCCCACAUAAUGAUACAUGUCGCAUUAACCAUGGUCC